AAGUUGCAAAAGCAGGCAAAGGCUGAACGGACCCGUCCACCGAGCAGAACAGUUGGUGCUCCAGAACGACGACAGCAGUCUCGUACAUUGAGCAUUCAGAGCGCAAAGCAGUCGUGAACGCCGCAACUUCACCGAGCAACUUUUCAAACAGUUUUAAUUUUCAACUUUAAACAAAAAACAAAAAAACUGCACAAUGGCUCUACAGAAUAAAAUUGCGCAUCUUUUCUGCAAGAGUCUUCAAACUGAAAUGCUGAAAAUGCAGUUAUCAGUCGUGGGGCGGAGGCUGCACAAGUCUGCAGCCAGCGAGUCCAUGCCAAUGACCUCUUCGGAUGAGCAGGCUUUACCGGACGGUUUGAUUACACCGACGCCGGUGGAGAUUGGAAAGGAGGCGGCUGGAAUCAAGAGUCUGAAGGAGAUGCCGGGCCCAAGUGCCAUUGGCAAUCUCGUUGAGUUUUUCUAUCGCGAUGGAUUCAGCAGAAUCCAUGAAAUUCAGAUGGAGCACUCCCAGAAGUAUGGGAAGAUCUUCAAGUCCCGCUUCGGGCCCCAGCUGGUGGUGUCGGUGGCGGGGCGUGACCUGGUGGCCCAGGCCCUCAGGGCGGAGGGAGUGGCCCCUCAGAGGGCAAACAUGGAGUCCUGGAAGGAGUACCGCGACAUGAGGGGUCGUUCCACCGGCCUGAUCUCAGCGGAGGGCGAUGAUUGGCUGAAGAUGAGGAGCGUGCUCAGGCAGCUGAUCAUGCGGCCACGUGACGUGGCUGCGUUCAGCGAUGACGUGAACGAGGUGGUGACCGACAUGGUGACCAGGGUACGCACCCUGCGCGGCCAGCAAACAGACGGCAGCACCGUCCUUAACAUCAACGACAUGUUCUUCAAGUACGCCAUGGAAGGUGUGGCAGCCAUCUUGUACGAGUGUCGCCUGGGUUGCCUGGAGAACGAAAUCCCCAAGAAGAGCCAGGACUACAUUACCGCUCUGCAUCUGAUGUUCAGCUCCUUCAAGACCACCAUGUACGCUGGAGCCAUCCCCAAGUGGCUCCGCCCCCUUAUCCCCAAACCCUGGGAGGACUUCUGCAGCUCCUGGGACGGCCUCUUCCACUUCAGCCAGAUCCACGUUGACAGGCGUCUUGCAGACAUCAAGGCCCAGGUGUCCAGGGGGGAGGAGGUGAGGGGAGGGCUGCUCACCCACAUGCUGCUCACCAGGGAGAUGAACCUGGAGGAAAUCUACGCCAACAUGACAGAGAUGCUGCUGGCCGGUGUGGACACGACAUCGUUCACCCUGUCCUGGGCGUCCUACCUGCUGGCACGCCACCCCCUGAUCCAGCAGCAGAUCUACCAGGAGGUGACCCGGACCCUGGGGGAGGGAACCAUCGCCACAGCCGACGACAUCUCACGGUUACCUCUCAUCAGGGGGCUGGUGAAGGAGACCCUCAGGUUGUUUCCAGUUCUCCCUGGCAACGGAAGGAUUACUCAAGAUGACUUGGUGUUGGGUGGUUACUUCAUCCCCAAAGGGACACAGCUGGCUCUGUGCCACUACUCCACCUCUAUGGAGGAGGAGAACUUCCCCGGGGCUAAUGACUUCCGUCCGGAGCGCUGGAUCAGGAAGGAUAACACGGACAGGGUGGAUAACUUUGGCUCUAUCCCCUUCGGCUAUGGCAUCCGCAGCUGCAUCGGGCGAAGGAUCGCUGAGCUGGAGAUGCACCUGGCGCUCACACGGCUUAUCCAGAAUUUCCACAUUGGGGUGUCACCUCUCACAGAAGACGUUAAAGCCAAGACCCAUGGCCUGCUGUGCCCCGGGGCGCCCAUCAACCUGCAGUUCAUCGACAGGACACACUAGGCACUUUGGGUUUGUAUAGGAUACAAACCUGUUUUGUCCAGUAGUGAACAUUUGUUUCAACUGGAAAAUAGAACCAGGAAAACGUUUUGCCCAUCUUUGGCAUUCACAUCUUCACCACAGUAUCACAUUGUAGGAGUACUGUUGCAAACCGCUGCCUAGGGGAGAAUCUUUACUGUUGACGGAAACAAAGCUUUGUAGCAACUCUCACCCCUUUAGAACAGUCUGGUACUGUGGAUCUAGGAGGGUGGCGGACACGCUGGGAAGGCUCGAUAUCUGGGAUGUGGUUUGUGGUUGUCCGUAUACAUUGAAGCUGUGGGCCGAGAUAAUCGUGCUCAGCAUAAUGUGUAAUUGAUAAUCCUUAAUCACAGGAUUGUGUUUUGGAUUGAUACCAUAAGCCUGCUCCAACACUCCACUCUAGCGCUGUUUUUCCAAAUGUAUAAUAUAUUAACCUAAUCUGCUUACUUACUGAUGUGUACACUGUGUUGGACUGUGUGGAUUGUGUUGUUUAGACUAAUGAAAGUUGAGCGCUUUCUUUGCCUUAGUGCACACCCGAGCCCAUGAGGAACAGAAAGAGAUGAAGGACUUGUGGAAGGUUGUGUUUAUAGGCUACUAAGGAAAGAGUUUUAAAGAAGAUGUAUAAAUGCUUGGUUGUGAUUUUAGGACAAAUUUGGUUUUGUUUCCCAUCCACAAAUGACAUGACAUUUGAUGACAAUUUAGCGACAACAUGUACAAUAUAUUUGUGUCUCACAUCAUAAUUGUAUGAUGAAGGACAGUUGUGUAUCCAUUUUUAAAUGUGAAUAUGUGCGCUCACGGUAAUCUGGAUUUAUUGUAAUAUGCCUUUCUAGGUUCACACAUUUCUAUCUUAUUGUUAUAGUUACAUUUUUAUGAAAUGCUAUAUUUUUAUAGAAAGAUAUUACCUUUUUUUUAAAGGAACAACUUUUAAAUGAAUUGUUCCUUUUUUCUGACAUGUUAACUCAACAAGAUUGAUAUAAAAAACGAUACAUUUGGGUAUAUGAGUAUUGAUUUGACUUGCUAAUGGGAUGUGGAGAAUGUGUACUGUGUGAGAUGGGAAGUGUACAAAGGAACUGUUAACUUUCUACUUCGAUGUAUUUAUGUCCAACAUAAUACGAUAUUGUAACAUAGGCCACACUUUUUGUCGUAGUGUCUACAGUGAAACUGGAACCAAAUAAAGAUG